GGUGAUUUGAAGCAAAUUGUUUCCCCGAGUUUUCCUGCGUGCUGCAAGAAAAUAGAAUUUUUACAAGUCGGCAUUCGAAAAUUAAAAUAUAUAUAAUAUAAAUAAAUUGUAUUAUUUAGCAUGGCGUCCAUCAGUUUGUUAAAUCCAAAGGCGGAAUUCGCACGUGCCGCCCAGGCGUUGGCUAUUAACAUCUCAGCUGCCAAAGGCUUGCAGGAUGUGAUGCGGACUAACUUGGGCCCAAAAGGAACAAUGAAAAUGUUAGUAUCCGGUGCUGGUGAUAUCAAAAUCACCAAGGAUGGUAAUGUGCUUCUACACGAAAUGCAAAUCCAACAUCCAACUGCUUCCAUGAUAGCACGCGCCAGCACUGCUCAGGACGAUUCAACUGGUGAUGGCACCACUUCAACCGUUUUGCUUAUUGGCGAACUUUUGAAACAGGCAGACAUCUUUCUUACCGAAGGUCUUCAUCCACGUAUUGUAACGGAAGGAUUUGAGAAAGCGCGUAACAAAGCUUUGGAAGUGUUGGAAUCAGUAAAAAUUCCAAUUGAAAUCAAUAAGCAAAACUUAAUGGGCAUUGCUAAUACCAGCUUGCGCACCAAAGUGCACCCUUCGCUAGCUGAUGUUCUAACUGAAGUGUGCGUCGAUGCUUUAUUGGCUAUACGUCAAGGAGACAAACCGGUUGAUUUGCACAUGGUCGAGCUGAUGGAGAUGCAGCACAAGACUGCCACGGAUACUUCUCUAAUUCGUGGUAUUGUCAUGGAUCACGGCACCCGCCAUCCUGAUAUGCCAAAACGUUUGGAAAACGCAUAUAUCCUUACUUGCAACGUCUCAUUGGAGUAUGAGAAGUCGGAAGUGAACUCCGGCUUCUUCUACAAAACUGCUGAAGAGCGUGAGAAAUUUGUACGUGCCGAACGUGAGUUCAUUGAUCAGCGCGUUCAGAAAAUCAUUGAAUUGAAGCGUAAACUUUGCGAUGGCACUGAAAAGACAUUUGUUGUCAUCAACCAGAAAGGUAUUGACCCCAUGUCGCUGGAUGCUUUGGCCAAAGAGGGUAUUAUGGCUCUACGUCGCGCUAAGCGCAGAAAUAUGGAGCGUUUGGCUUUGGCAUGUGGUGGCACUGCCAUGAAUUCCUUUGACGAUUUGGAAGAAUCCAAUUUAGGGUAUGCUGGUGUUGUUUACGAGCAUGUACUCGGUGAAAACAAGUACACUUUUGUGGAAGAUUGUAAGAAUCCACAAUCGGUGACCAUUUUAAUUAAGGGUCCCAAUAAACACACUAUUUUACAAAUCAAGGAUGCGAUCCGUGAUGGUUUACGUGCCAUCAACAAUGCUCUUGUGGACAAGUGCGUAAUUCCGGGUGCUGGUGCCUUUGAAGUACGAGCUUAUAAUCAACUCAUGAAAUACAAGGACACUGUGAAGGGCAAAGUCCGUUUAGGUAUACAGGCAUUUGCUGAAUCUUUACUAGUUGUCCCAAAGAAUUUGGCAAUUAACAGUGGCUACGAUGCGCAAGAUACGAUUGUUAAGUUAACAGAGGAGGACCGUCUGAAUCCAGAACCGGUUGGCUUAGAUUUGUCAACAGGUGAGCCAAUGAAGCCCGCGGAUAUGAGCGUAUACGAUAAUUACCUGGUAAAGAAACAGAUAUUGAACUCCUGUUCAGUUAUUGCCAGUAAUUUAUUGCUGGUCGAUGAAGUAAUGCGCGCCGGCAUGACAAGUCUCAAGGGUUAGUCCCAUUUGUCAGAAAUUCACAUUCGAAGUCUCAAUGAAAACUACCCGCAUUUGCUUCUCUUAUAUAAAUUACUUAUCACUAAAUGUAUUAUUUCUUAAAAAAUGUACGACUCCAAGUAGAUGUUAUGUGACUUUGACUACAAACAUUUGAUGAUUUAAUUUUGAAAUGUAUUAGACCCGCUUAAGCCAUGAUGACUUAUAAUACACCUCAGCUACUAAUACUUGAAUACUUUUGUAUUGAACUAAUAAAAAUCACUCUUCUGGCGUAUAAUUUGAA